AUGCCAUCCUAUAAAGUCGUCAAGAAGAAGGCGACGACCAAACAAAGAAUGAUGAACGUGAUCCUCGACUUACAAGAUCAAGCGCACAAGCUCUCCUUCUCCCAGCUAAAGGCGUCAAUUGCAAUUUUCGCAUCAACAAUUCAAGGAGACCAGUCCGAGCUACCGACAGUUGCAAUUUCUUCUUUGAAUCGCGGUGAUGUCCAAUUGAAUCAUUCACUGAGCAACCUUGAGUUCCGCAACAAACCUCCGGUUGAGCUUUCCCCGAUCUGUGGCGCAUCUGCCUCCGCAAAAGGCCCAGGAGGGACUUGA